UUGGAGACAGCAAGCACGAGUUAGCAAGCUACUAGGCAAACGGGACAUUUACUCGACUCUUUUUUUUUUUUUUUUUUUUUUUUUUUUUCCUUCUUCUGCUACCUACCUUCUUCCUUCCUCUCGAGUCGCGUUCAACAUCCUUUUCUUUCCUCACAAAAACUUUUCUUCUUCAUUCUCCUCGAAUUAUUUACGAGGUACAAGUCUAUCUUGUUGUAAAGAAAAUAGACUUAUUCACCCUCUUAAUUCGAUCCCGCAUCGAAAUAUUUACACCUUUUUUCUACUUGGUACCCAGUCACAACUCAAUUCACGAUGGUUGUUCUACCUAUCGCCCUCUAUGGGCUCGAGGUCCCCCCUCACGGCGGUUUGGUCCCUAGCAUUCAGGACGAGGGCAUUCCUGGCGCUGCUUUUCGCAUUACCAUGGCUGCUAUUGAUCCAUCGGAGGCCCCCGAAGCUGACGCUGAUGGCAACAUCCCCAGUGUCCCGCGAUCCACCCUUAAGAUCGUUCGCAAGCUCCCUUCCAUGGACGAUGAGCUUGAUGAAGAGUAUCUAAACCAGUUGAUGGGUGUCGAUUCAUCCGACGAGGAAGAUGAUGAUGAAGCUGAUUCCGACGAUGAGCCCAAUGGCGGCCCCAGUGACCCUUCCAAGUCCAAGAAGGCUAAGCAGGAGGCUGCUCUUAAGAAGCUAAUCCAAGCUGCCCAAGAAGAGGAGGACUCUGACGAGGAGAUGGUUGAUAGCAGCGCUAAGCCCAAGGCUAAUGGUAAAGCCAUCAAGAAGGGAAAGGAGCCCGCUACUUCUAGCGAUGAUGAUGAUGACGACGAGAGCAUUGACUCCGAUGAGUGGGAGGCCGACCAAUUCGUCGUCUGCACCCUUGACACCGAACGCCACUUUCAACAACCGCUCGAUAUCACCAUUGCCCCCAAUGAGGAAGUCUACUUCGUUGUCAAGGGUACACAUACCGUUGCCUUAACUGGCAACUACGUUGUCGACACCGAGCAAGAUUCCUCUGAAGACGAGGAUGACGAAGACUAUGACUUGGAGGGUAUGGACGAGUAUGAUUCUGAGGGCUCCGAGGUUGACGAACUUGAUAACAUCAAGGAUCCUCGCAUUACCGAGCUUGAUUCUGAUGAUGAAGAGCAAGCCCCUAAGCUAGUUGCAGCUGAGACCAAGAAGGGCAAGAACAAGCGCCCUGCCGCCGAUGAGACGGAAGGCUUAGACGAUCUGAUGGCCAAGUCUGCGGAGACCAAGCUCAGCAAGAAGCAGCAAAAGAAGCUCAAGAACAACAAGGGCGAGGCCGUCGACGCCAAGGCAGAAGCUGCUAAGGACGCUGCCGCCAAAGGUGACAAGAAGGUUCAGUUCGCUAAGAACCUGGAGCAGGGACCCACUGGUUCGGCGGCAGCAACUGAGAAGGGAGCUACCCUCGGUGUGAAGGUUGUUCAGGGAGUCACUAUCGAUGACCGCAAGGUUGGAUCGGGCCGCGUUGCGAAAAAGGGUAGCAAGGUCGAGGUUCGAUAUAUUGGCAAGCUUCAAGAUGGCAAGGUCUUCGACGCCAACAAGAAGGGAAAGCCUUUCAGCUUCUCGGUCGGAAAGGGUGAGGUGAUCAAGGGAUGGGAUGUCGGAGUUCAGGGCAUGUCCGUCGGUGGUGAGCGUCGUCUCACCAUCCCGGCCCAUCUCGCCUACGGUAGCAAGGCCCAGCCUGGCAUUCCCGGAAACAGCACGUUGGUCUUCGACGUCAAGUUAUUGGCGAUCAAAUAAGUGCACAAAGUUCCCCCGACGAUGUUUCCUUGAUAUUUCCUUGCGCACAGAUAUCACUCUGGCUGUACUCUAAUCUGGUCGUUUCGGAGAAUGUUCCGGUAUGGAUUGCUCGUGACAGUCUUCUAAUCAUGCGCUGUAAGGUCUCCGACCUGCGCAAAUCUGCGAGGAUCUGGCGUCUCAGUAUGUAGGCGCGGGAAGCAGAUUGUUGUCAUAAGGGAUGACGAGGUCUACGUUGCAUAAGAGGCGUAAUAAAAAUCGUGGAUUUCAGGGAGGUUGGCUAUCCUCUCGUAUAAAUGUUCCAUAAAUUUCUGCAGGUAGUUAUAACGCUAUCGGAUGAACGAAAAUUGCCCCAGUCUGCCUGUACUUAGUGAUGAUUGAUGCGUGGAUGCUUUCUUUAUAUUACUAUGUAAGUACUGUGUGGUAUGUUCUUACCCAGGUUCGUUACGUAGAUCCGGGCAGUUGCUAGACUUCAAGGAGUGAAUCAAAGUAAGAACUACCUAUCC